UCUUCACCCUUAUUAUUUAAUACAAAAUUAAUCAAAGAAAUUGUUAUUGUUACUCUAAAAAUUUUAAAAACAAUUGAAUGUAUCAAAUUUCUACACUUUUAUUUUGUGUAAUUUUUAUGUCAUCAUCUUUUCUAUCUUGUUGUAUUAAAUAAAAACUAGAAAACAAUACGUUAUAUCCUAAAUUAUUGGCACUCUUUUGUUCUUACUCCAACUUUUUGAUCGGCCAAGAAUUUAGGAAAAAAAACCACAAAUAAAUAAAAAAAUUUAAAAAAGAAGAAGAAAGUAGCAAUGGGGUGAAGCAUACGCGCCAUGUAGAGGGAGAGAGCAUAGAAUUUCACCUCCCAACAACACGUGUUUAAAUCAACGGCCCCUCCCUCCUUUGACAAAAUCUCAACCGUAUAAAUUCCCUCCCCUUCAUGCCCUUAUACUCCGCAGUUCCCAAGUCUAACCAUCAACACGUUCCUCACUCCCUCUUCCCACUCCUCUCUCUCUCCUGCAACUGCAAAUGCAAGUCCAUAACCACCACCACUUUCUUACUCCACUCCCAUCCCACCGCCCUUAGCCUUCGCACUCCCCACCCCCAACAAUGGGCAAAGCCUCCAAAUGGUUCUGGAGCAUCCUGGGCCUCAAAAAGCUCAACCCCGCCCACCAACCCCCGUCCUCCUCCUCCUCCUCCUCCCCUAAACCACCCACCAAAGACAAACACCGCUGGAGCUUCGUCAAGUCCUACAGAGAAAAGCGCCACCAAAACGACCCCGUACGGCAUCACCAACGCACUGACUCCUCCAACGACACUGUCGACCCCAACAAACACGCAAUCGCCGUGGCAGCCGCUACCGCCGCCGUGGCCGAGGCCGCAGUCGCCGCCGCCCAAGCGGCCGCCGCGGUGGUACGGCUGACCAGCAGCGGGCGGUUCGUCAGAAGCUCCGCGGUGCACGGUAGCCGCAUCGGAAUUCGCGAAGAAGAAUGGGCCGCUGUGAAAAUUCAAGCUGCUUUCCGAGGCUGUUUGGCAAGGAGAGCAUUGCAAGCAUUAAAGGGAUUGGUGAGACUUCAGGCGUUGGUAAGAGGUCAUAUUGUGAGGAAGUUUUAUGCUGACCGGUUACAGCGACUGCAAACCAUAUUGCGAACGCAGGCAAGAGCUCGAGUAGGGAGGGCCCAGAUUUCUGAGCUCUCGCACUCAAGGACCAAAUCUUUUCAGUUUCACCAAUCUGGUCCAGCAACCCCUGAAAAAUUUGAACAUCCUAUCCAACUGAGGAGUACAAAGCAUGAGCAGUUGGCAAUACUUCGGCGAAAUAGCUCCAGGUCAAAUGGAACUACUGAUGAUGAAAAGAAUGACAGGGUCCUCGAAAUUGAUACUGGGAAACCAUACAUUGUACCUAAACGAAUAAAUCUUAUUCACUCUACUCACCUCGCUCUGGCCUCAGACCAAUACAGCCAUAGCUUUACCACUUCAAAAGCCUCCACAAACCAUCAAACACUUCCAAGUCCAUCGUCUUGCGAGCUCCAAUCUUUUAGCCCAUUGAAACUCUCUCGAGAGGUUGAGGAAGACUCUUUCUGCACUGCCAACAGUAGUCCGCAGUUUUAUUCUGCUUCAUCACGGGGAGCUACUUUGAAGAGAAGCCCCUUCACUUCUAGAAAGCGUGAUGGCUCAAAAAGCUACUUAAGCGGCUAUUCCGAUUACCCAAAUUACAUGGCGUGCACUGAAUCAUCAAAGGCUAAGUUGAGGUCUCUUAGUGCUCCGAAGCAGGGGCCUCACUAUGAUAGGUCUAGCUCAACGAAGAGGCACUCCAUUCAUGGCUUUGGUGAGUCGAGAUCAAGUACACAAUGGACGUCUGCCUUGCACGCUAACUUUGCAAAUAAAGCCUACCCGGGAUCUGGUGGCUUGGACAAGCAUGGGAUGCCGGUGGGUUACAGAUACUGAUAUGGCGCUCUUCGGCAUGGGGGAUCCAUUGUAAUUCUGAAUCUAGUCUGGCUAACUGAUGUAGUGAACUACUUUUAAUGUUGGAGGAGUGUUAAGAGUUGUAUUAGCGUAGGGCAUAUAUAUUUGUGGGUCUCUAGCUUUUGCUCUGAUUCUCUUUUAAUUCAUCCGAUCCAAAUGCUAGAAAUGAACGAACAAGGGUGUGCAAGAGGAGAAUAAGUUUUGUUGAAUCUCA